CGCUUCCCUGCUUCUUUAAGCGUCCACUGGCUGCCGGGCGGCCGCAGUCUCAGCUCUGGGCAUCUGGGGAGCUCAAACGGCUUCGCCCAGGCAUCCGCUCGGGCGCCUACGGUCUGUCCCACCUCCUAUCGCACCCUUGAAGUUUUGCAGCACCAGGAAAAGAGGGCAAGGAAGAAGGAGAGGGGAAGCGAAAGCAUACCCUAAAACAUUUACUUAAAGGAGAAAAGAAAGGGGGUCGCAGAAAUGGCUGGGGCAAUUAUAGAAAACAUGAGUACCAAGAAGCUCUGCAUUGUUGGAGGGAUUCUUCUGGUUUUCCAAAUCGUUGCCUUUCUGGUGGGAGGCUUGAUCGCUCCAGCACCCACAACAGCAGUACCCUACACAGCAAUAAAAUGUGUGGAUGUCCGCAAGAACCACCAUAAAACAAGAUGGCUGGUGCCUUGGGGACCGAACAAGUGUGACAAGAUCCGUGACAUCGAGGAAGCAAUUCCAAGAGAAAUUGAAGCGAAUGACAUUGUGUUUUCUAUACACAUUCCCCUCCCUUCUAUGGAGAUGAGCCCAUGGUUCCAGUUUAUGCUGUUUAUCCUACAGCUAGACAUUGCUUUCAAGCUGAACAACCAAAUCAGAGAAAAUGCAGAAGUUUCCAUGGAUGUUUCCCUGGGUUACCGUGACGAUAUGUUUUCUGAAUGGACUGAAAUGGCUCAUGAAAGAGUACCACGUAAACUCAAAUGUACUUUUACAUCCCCCAAGACCCCAGAGCAUGAAGGUCGUCAUUAUGAAUGUGAUGUCCUUCCUUUCAUGGAAAUUGGAUCAGUGGCUCAUAAGUAUUACCUUCUAAAUAUCCGUCUACCUGUAAAUGAGAAGAAGAAAGUCAAUGUUGGAAUUGGGGAGAUAAAGGACAUUCGGUUGGUGGGAAUCCACCAAAAUGGAGGUUUCACUAAGGUAUGGUUUGCUAUGAAGACCUUCCUCACACCCAGCAUCUUCAUCAUUAUGGUGUGGUAUUGGAGGAGGAUCACCAUGAUGUCCCGACCUCCAGUGCUUCUGGAAAAAGUCAUCUUUGCCCUUGGGAUUUCCAUGACCUUUAUCAAUAUCCCUGUGGAAUGGUUUUCCAUUGGAUUUGACUGGACCUGGAUGCUAUUAUUUGGUGACAUCCGACAGGGCAUCUUCUAUGCAAUGCUUCUUUCCUUCUGGAUCAUCUUCUGUGGCGAGCACAUGAUGGAUCAACAUGAGCGGAAUCAUAUUGCAGGGUAUUGGAAGCAAGUUGGACCAAUUGCUGUUGGCUCAUUCUGCCUCUUCAUAUUUGACAUGUGUGAGAGAGGAGUACAACUCACAAACCCUUUCUACAGUAUCUGGACUACAGAUGUUGGAACAGAACUGGCUAUGGCUUUCAUCAUUGUGGCAGGUAUCUGCCUCUGCCUCUACUUCCUGUUUCUGUGCUUUAUGGUAUUUCAGGUAUUUAGAAACAUCAGUGGGAAACAGUCUAGUCUCCCAGCAAUGAGCAAAGUCCGGAGGCUGCACUAUGAGGGUCUGAUUUUCAGGUUCAAGUUCCUCAUGCUUAUCACCUUGGCUUGUGCUGCCAUGACUGUUAUCUUCUUCAUCGUUAGUCAGGUGACAGAAGGCCAUUGGAAAUGGGGUGGUGUCACAGUUGAAGUGAGCAGUGCUUUCUUCACUGGAAUCUAUGGGAUGUGGAACCUGUAUGUCUUUGCUUUGAUGUUCUUGUAUGCACCAUCCCAUAAGAACUAUGGGGAAGACCAGUCUAAUGGUGACCUGGGUGUCCACAGCGGGGAAGAACUGCAGCUUACUACCACAAUCACCCAUGUAGAUGGACCAACUGAGAUCUACAAGUUGACCCGUAAAGAAGCACAGGAAUAGGAGGAUAUGGUAUGGCACUGGGCUGGAAUUGUCUCUCUAUCCAGUCUCUUCCCCUGGAAUAGAGAUCCUACUAUACAGAGCUCAGUGAAAACUGAAUGCCUAGUGCUUCUUAGGUAUAGUUUCUUAGAACAACAGCUGGACAUUUGUCACAUGACCUCCACUGGUGGCUGUUACAAGAGUUCUGCCACUACUAUAUAGCAUAUGUUAACAAAAACUAAUAUGACACAUUUUCUGUGAUCAUUGUUAAUUAGUGACAUAGCAGCAUCUGUAGCAGGUGGGUUAGUAACCCUCACAUAGAGGGGUAUACUCCUUGGGAUGGUUUGGGCCAAUAGGGGCUAUGUUUAGUAGAUUAUGACUUUUUUUCUGCUUUAGAUUCUAGGAUAUGUUUAAACAUUCUUUGCAGUCCAACAUUUGCUGAUGUCAUAGUCUUUCCAUUAUCCUCCAUGGGCACUUUUUUUUAUUAUAUCACCAAAUAGCCAAUUGAGUUAUUUAAGUUGUCAGUACAAAUAUGUCAACUUUUUAAAAAAUGGAUUACUAUAAAAUAACCAAACUUCAUGAAAAAUUCUAUCUUACUAGAGGCAUUUCAGCUUUGAAACCAAAUCUGUGUAUUUGAUAUUAAUCUGUCUGUUGGAUGUGGAUUUUGAGAAAUAUUUGCUAAACUAUCCAAAUAGGAUUUAUGGUAUUAAAUGGCCUUUGGGUCCUAAAAACUUUGUUAACUUCUUGCCUAAAAUGUGUUUUCUUUUGAUAACAUGCUUCAAACAACCUCCAAAAGUGUAAAUCCAAUCAUUUGAAUAAAAUGAAUAUAAACAUGCACUCCUUCCUGCCCCAACAGUUCUCAGACAUACAGAUUCAAAUCUGCUUGGAUCUCAGAAUACCCAACUGCUGGCAGAAAUAGAUACCUUGAGUAUUUCUGGAGGUGAAGCAAUAUCUUCUGUAUCAAAUAUUAAGCCAUUCUAGGCCAGCUAGUAAUGCUCAUAUACAUGAGGAAUCAGAUGCUUUAGACACUCAUACAUAGCUCUCAUUUCCAUACUCCCUAAUAGCUUAUGACAUUAUUUUUUGUUUGUUUACUUUUUAUUUUAUAUGUGCUUUUUUUAAUGCUAAAGAAGCCACAUGGCAUAGCAGAUAAAAUACUGAAUCCUGAAUUUAAAAGUCUGUUUUCUAUCAAAGGUCUAUCAUGCUCUAGUUGUGUGACCUUGUUCAAGCUAUCUGACAUAACUAUCCCAUAACCUACAAGCUAGCAUUCAUUUUCAGGGUCACAAUGAAAAAAUAAUUAAUGUACAUGGAAAUGCUUUAUCAGUUAUAUAUACAUAUAGAUUAAUUUUACAGUUAAAAAAUUCAUGAGAUUCUCAUUUUUUAGGUAGUGUUGAUUGAAACAAAGUUUUUUGGUAUAUUCUAUUUAAUUGAACUACCUGGCAAACCCCAUCCUGUGUUUUGACUAACUUGGGCCAGAAUCAUGGUAAACAGUGACAGAGAAAGCACCCUUGUCUUUAUGCCUUUUUCUGAACUGACUAAUGUUUGAUAGGUAUGCGAUCCAUUGUACCCAACAUCUACUUACUGAUCUGCUGCCUGAGUAUAAAGAAUCAAGUGUAGCCUGUGCCUCUUUUUCUAUUAUACCAAAUAAACUUCAAGCACUGUAGUUAUCUCCCCUUCUAGAAAA